GUUUCAGCUGUCAGUGCAGUGGUUAACUGGGGUACAGGCCCCAAGGCUUUUGUAUUUCGCAACUACAACCACAAACCAGGAUGCCUCAGCCGCUAUGCAGGGGAAUCAAGCCAUGCCAUGUGGCAGGCAGUGCGUGCAUCUUCAGCUGCACCUGGAUACUUUGAGGAGUUCCCUUUACAAAGUGACAUCCAUCAGGAUGGAGGAAUCAUCCUGAACAAUCCCUGUGCCUUGUCUAUUCACGAGAGCCGUUUGUUGUGGCCCAACCAACCCUUUAAGUGUGUGCUGUCCCUUGGCACGGGGCGCUUUGACAGGGUCAAGAGGGGCCCUACUACCUCCACAAGUCUGCUAACCAAAAUCAACAAUCUGAUCACCAGCGCCACGGACACAGAAGGGGUCCACACUCUCCUGGAUGAAUUGCUUCCCCCAGAUGUCUACUUCCGCUUCAACCCCAUGCUAAAUGCGGAGGUUUCCUUAGAUGAGAAUCGCCCAGAGACGCUGGAUCAGCUAGUCAAAGAUACGCAGGACUACCUGGAUAGAAAUCAGCCUAAAGUGGCUAAGCUCUGUUCAGUUCUGGGCAAAGAGCGUUCCACUGUGGGCCAAGCCAAAGACUGGAUGAGUGAGAGGUCUUGGGAGAUAAAGCAGGGGCUGAUGUGAUUUGGGGUGCUUCAGCUUGUCUGCAUUUUAUUUUGUGUUUAGUGAUGUGAAGCAAAUCCACACAUCCUGUACAUUUUAUAUUUUUUGCACGUUUGUAUAGCUAUAGGAACACAAUUAUCUUAGCAAAGUGAUUCACAUCAUUUGCUUCUUAAAUCCUUCUUGGUUUAGAAAAAUUAUCAAAGAAAAACAAUGACCACCUACUAUUAUCUUUGUUGUCCUUUUUUUUGCUUUUAAACAGAAGUGCCAAACAAUUUAAUAGGAUGAAGUGGGACAAAAAAGCAAUAAUUUACACAUCAUCAUAUUUCUUUAGUUAUUAGGGUUUGUUCCAUAAAGGAACAUUUAAAUUUGUCCAAUAUAUGUAAAAUGUAUUUUAAAUUUGU